GUGGAACGGUGCCUCGUGUAAACAGAGACUUCGGCUCUCGUUAUCGUAGCCAGGAAACCAUGGCUCGGACAGCACACAAGGCUACUGCCAGGAAAUCGACGGGGGGGAAGAGGCCUAGUAAAAGGUUGCCUACAGGAGCCGGAGAGAAGGAUGCCGGCCCACAAAAGGUACGGCGGUAUCGGCCCGGGACUGUCGCGUUGAGGGAGAUCAGAAAGUACCAGAAGGAGACAGGGCUCUUGAUGCAAAAGGCACCCUUCGUUCGACUAGUUCGCGAAAUCACGCAGGAGGUAGCUCCACACGCUGGGAGCGGUCUGCGAUGGCAGGGUGCGGCUCUUGCGGCUCUUCAGGAAGCUACUGAAGCCUUCCUGGUGCAUCUUUUCGACGACUCGAAUCUCUGUGCUAUUCACGCCAAGCGGGUUACCAUUCAACCCAAGGACAUGCAACUCGCUCGACGUCUCAGAGGACCAUGGUUGGGGAUGCCGAUCUAGACGCUUGCCCGUUCGACCAUUCACUCGAGUACGGACUAUCAGUUCGAACA